UUGGGAUAUCAGAUAGCUCUAAUGGGGCCAAAGAAGGAGCUUAUUUUGAACCCCAUGAAGUGGUGUCUGCUAAAAGGUUUAAAUCUGUAAACGGGCAUGCACUAGCAUACUUAAAAUGUGCCUCUUCUGAUCAGUUACCAGUGGCAGUUUCUGCGGUGAUGGAGAAAGGUCGCACCAAUGAUACACUUGAUAGUGAGACGACAUCCUGUGAAGUGAAGUCUGGAUGUACUUCAUCUCCUAUUUUUCAAGAAAAUCAUAGUGAAUCAAAUGCUGGUCAAAUUCCUUCCUGUGUUGAUCAUGAUAGGCAAGAAUCUGGGAAAAGGAAAGCUGAAGUGCCUGGGAUGAGGGCAUCUACAAGUCUGGGUGUUAUGGACCAAACCUAUGGGAUUAAGCAUCAGAGGCGCAGGAAUAAGGACUCAGAUUUGGAACAUGGUUCUGAAAUAAUUAACCUUUGCCCAACUGCUAACCUUCUAGACGAGGUUGAAAGACUACUUAGGGAGAACCCAGAUCCAGCUAAUUUAGAGAAAGCAAAGUCGAUACUCAAAGUCCAAGAAAAGGACCUUUUGGAUGCACUUGUUAAGCUUUCUGAAGCAUCAUAUGAUGCGGUUUAUUUCAGUGCUAACGGUCAGCCGGGCAAUACGCACGAUGAUGGCAAGGCCGACGAGGAGGUGCUGCCAAAUCCGGCGAAUUCCAGCGACGAGACGCCACCUGUGACGACGAGGCAGGCAGGCGCCGGAGCUGGAAACCAUGUCAAGAUCCAGGGAGUCGCUGCCACGGCGCUACCCCUCUCCACUGCGCCACCGUCACUGAUGCAGACGCGCCCGUCGCUCGCUCCCGCGUCCCCGUCCUCCGCCCCCGCCGCGCUGGGCGAGUCCUCGCGGGGCCUCUCCACCGCGCACCAGCCCCACGCGCAGCCGGUGGUCGUGGGGUCGGCCUCCGCGCCCCCGGCGCCGAGUAAGACGCGGCUCAUCAUCACCAAGAGGAAGACCACGGCGGAGCAGAGAUGGCGAAUGUGGGAGUUCGCGCACCGCGUCGGGUGGAGCAUCCAGAAGGCCGGCGCCGACGCCGUCGACGCCUUCUGCGCCCAGGUCGGCGUCCCCGAGCGCGCCCUCAGGAACUGGAUGGCCAACAACAGGCGCCUUGCCAAGGUUCCACCCCCGUCAUCGCCACCGCCGCGGUCCAUCAUCAAGAGGACCAAGACCACGGCGGAGCAGAGGAAGCGGAUGCGGGAGUUCGCGUACCGCGUCGGGUGGAGCAUCCAGAAGGCCGGCGCCGACGCCGUCGACGCCUUCUGCGCCCAGGUCGGCGUCCCCGAGCGCGCCCUCAGGAACUGGAUGGCCAACAACAGUCGCCUUGCCAAGGUUCCACCCCCGCCAUCGCCACCGCCGCGGUCCAUCAUCAAGAGGACCAAGACCACGGCGGAGCAGAGGAAGCGGAUGCGGGAGUUCGCGUACCGCGUCGGGUGGAGCAUCCAGAAGGCCGGCGCCGGCGCCGUCGACGCCUUGUGCGCCCAGGUCGGCGUCCCCGAGUGCGCCCUCAGGAACUGGAUGGCCAACAACAGGCACCUCGCCAAUGUUCCACCCCCGUCCCUGUCCUCGCCGCCGCUGCCGUCGCACCACCAAGUCCAAGACCACCCGCCGGCCGACACACCGCCGCAGGGAUCGAUGACCGAACAAGGCAAGUCUCCUGAACCUGAAGCUGCUGCUGCACCUGCUGAUGACGGCGCCGGCAAGGGAGACGAGGAUGAAGAAGCUUCUGAAGUAACUCAACGAGGAAGGGGCCAUCGGGCCAGAAAGCCCAACAAGUGCUACGCUGACUCGUUCUGGAUGUAAUUGGCGAACUGCUGUGAGCUGUAGCAGCUCCAGAACUCCGACGAACUCUAUUUUAUCACCUACCAAAUCAAUGUAGGUAGCCUAUACAUACCAUCCGGUACUUUGUGCGUAACAGGCAAAAUGAGAUUGUGGCACAUCCGCACAUAUGACUUCUUCUCACAGGUCCCCUGCAUCUAUGAUCUCUUGUUAUCAUCCGUUUUGUUAGUGAUGAAAAUACGAA